AUGUGCUUUUACAAUCAGAAGCGUUUCUCCUGUGGAGACUGGAGCUGGACCAGCUUUGCACACCGAUGCAAUUACGAGUAUCGCACCGGCGAAACAUGCGGUAUGAGGCUCGUCAACAUGACGGAAAAUGACAAUAGCAAAUGCCGCCUAUGUGAGAAAAUCGAGACCAAGUACCGGCGCCGAAGCGCUGAGGUUGACCGUCUCGAACGAUGGAAGCGAGAGGGGGCCAAUUUGGUAGCCUCUAUGGACCGGUCUCAGAAGCUCAUUAUGGACCUGGACAAGGAGAUUUGCAUGUUGCAACGGGAGCGUGAGGAUCGACGGAAGACCCUCCUGAGGUAG